GUCAUGCUUCCGACAAUUGACAUCAGCAGAUCUUGCACACUUCCCCACACAAGCUCACCCCUGCCACGCACUCUUGCCCUCUCCCCAUCCUUUCGUGGGUCUUCAUCAGUUCUAGGGCAGAGGCUGAGUGCAAGCAGCAAGCUUUUUGGGCGCCCCUCCAAGUGCAGAUUGAGCAUCUCGGCCGUAGCCGCCCCCGAAGCCACAGUCCAGGAGACGUCAGGAGAAGUCACAGCGAUGUCGGAGCUCGGACUUAUUGGUCUCGCUGUUAUGGGACAGAACUUCGCCCUAAACGUCGCUGAGAAGGGCUUCCCUAUCUCGGUGUACAAUAGGUCAUACGAAAAGACCGAAGCUUGCGUCACUCGUGCCAAGAAGGAAGGCUUGGAAGCAAAUCUGAAGGGAUUCCCGGAUCUGAAGGAGUUUGUUGCUUCUCUAAAGAAGCCUAGGCGGGUGAUGAUUCUGGUGAAGGCUGGCGCCCCCGUGGACGCCACCAUCGAAUCCUUGAUUCCCCUCUUGGAACCUGGUGACAUCAUCAUUGAUGGUGGCAACGAGUGGUAUGAGAACACAGAGGCGCGCGCGGCGAAGGUUGCAGAGAAGGGACUGGGUUACCUGGGCAUGGGUGUGUCUGGCGGAGAGGAGGGUGCCCGUAACGGUCCCUCUUUGAUGCCCGGUGGCACCAAGGAGGGCUAUGAUGCCAUCGAGAAGAUCGUUACCAAGGUGGCCGCUCAGGUGGACGAUGGCCCCUGCGUGACAUACCAUGUGAGGGUGUGUCCAGGCGGCGCGGGCAAUUUUGUCAAGAUGGUGCACAACGGCAUCGAGUAUGGCGACAUGCAGCUCAUCAGCGAGGCCUAUGAUGUGCUCAAGACCGUCGGCGGCCUCACCAACGACGAGCUCGUGGAGGCCUUCAACGAGUGGAACAAGAGCGAGCUGGACAGCUUCCUGAUCGAGAUCACAGCGCUCAUCCUGGCCAAGAAGGACGAGGACGGAGCGCCGCUCGCCGACAAGAUCCUCGACAAGACCGGCAUGAAGGGCACCGGCAAGUGGACGGUGCAGCAGGCGGCAGAGCUGAGCGUGCCGGCGCCCACGAUCGAGGCUGCGCUGGACGGGCGGUUCCUGUCGGGCCUCAAGGACGAGCGCGUGGCAGCCGCCAAGACCUUCUCAGACCUCGGUCUCAAGCAGCCCACCAAGAUAGAGGGCAUCGACAAGGCGGCGCUGGUGAAGGAGGUGAAGCAGGCGCUGUAUGCGUCCAAGAUCUGCUCCUACGCGCAGGGCCUCAACAUCAUCAAGGCCAAGAGCGCCGAGAAGGGAUGGGACGUCGACAUGGGCGCCCUCUCCCGCAUCUGGAAGGGCGGGUGCAUCAUCCGCGCGGUGUUCCUGACGGACAUCUACGAGGCGUACAAGCGGAACCCCGCGCUGGAGAACCUGCUGGUCGACCCUGACUUUGCCAAAAAGCUCGUCUCCAGCGAGCAGGCCUGGCGCUCCGUCGUCACCAAGGCCAUUUCCAACGGCGUGGCAGUGCCAGGCUUCAGCGCGUCGCUGGGCUACUUUGACACCUACCGCCGCGAAACUGUUCCCGCCAACCUCGUGCAGGCGCGCUCCCUCCCCACUGCUGCGCAGCGCGACUUCUUCGGCUCGCACACGUACGAGCGCAUUGAUAAGCCCGGCUGGUUCCACACCGUGUGGGACCCCCGCAACUCCGCCGACUCCAUCACCACCUCCUCCUACAACAACUGAGCUGGGGGUCAUGAGCGGGGGGGUCCUGCUGCAUGCAUGCGCGGGGGGCUGUGACAGGCCUGCUGCUCCUGCAUUGCUAGGGCGCCGCAUCAAGACAUUAUAUCGGGCUGUUUUUUAUGCUUGGAUGCUUGCAGAUGCAUUGCGUGAUUUGGAUAUAGCAGUGCUGCCCAGUCAUAGAUCUGCAGGCCAGUCCAUGUGAGAGGCAGCGCCAAACGUUAACGUUGUUUGACAUCAAUUGGUAAGAAAUUUGCCUAAUGCAUCCAUAUGGCGGUCUUGCUGAUGUUAGCCACCCCUGAUAUCAUCGAUGCGGGUGUAGCGGCUGGAUUUAUUUUCAUGUGCAUGUAUGAUUAGCGUUUGACUGCCGGAUUAAGGAUUUGCUUACAAGUCUUGUGCUAGUAGUGUUCUUCAAGUGAAUGAAUGUCGCCACCAUAGGGCGUACUGUUCAGACAAGCGGCAGGAUGAUGUAAUUCUACUCUUGAC